AGUGAGUAGCUUGUAGUUUAAGCCUACAAGAGUAAGAAGACUACCAGUCGUUUUUCAUCAGAGUUCAACGCCGUCAUUCGUCACUCCCCAAAUCCCAAUUAGGAUUUUGAAAGAAAAAAUCGUCGUCGUUUGCCUCUCUCUCUCUCUCUCUCUCUCUCACACUGUGGUACGAAGUUCUAGUGCUACUCCAACAAUGUCGAUGGGCAUGGGUCCUCCACCUCCCAAAACCCUAACCCUAGACACAGACCAAACCUCUUCCAAUCCAACAGAAAUGAAGCCCCCCAUGGCCCCACCUCCCGAAAACCCCGAACCAAACAACUCCGAUACCUUACCCGAGGCCACCGAGAGCCCCACCACCACCACAACCGAAACACCGUCGUCGUCGUCGUCGUCGUCGGAGGCGGAGGCAGAGGCAUCACAAUCUCAGUCUCAAUCUGAGAAAGUUGCUGCUGCGGCGGUUCCGUACACGAUUCCUCCGUGGAGCGCAGCUCCGUGCCACCGAUUCUACCUUGAGGUUCUCAAAGACGGUUCUAUCAUCGAUCAAUUUCAAGUCAAUGAGAAAGGGGCUUACAUGUUUGGACGCGUCGAUCUCUGCGAUUUUGUGCUUGACCACCCCAGUGUGUCCAGGUUUCAUGCAGUUAUCCAGUUCAAAAGAAAUGGUGAUGCCUAUCUUUAUGAUCUAGGUAGUACUCAUGGUACUUCCAUUAACAAGUCUCAGGUUAAGAAAGGGGUUUAUAUGGACUUACGUGUUGGUGAUGUUAUUCGGUUUGGCCUUUCAUCUCGCUUAUACAUUUUCCAAGGACCAUCUGAAUUGAUGCCACCGGAGGCUGACGUGAAGAUUAUUAGAGAUGCAAAGAUCCGGGAAGGUAUGCUAGAUCGUGAAGCUUCACUUCAACGAGCAAGACGGGAAGCAUCUCUUGCUGAUGGUGUUUCAUGGGGUAUGGGAGAGGAUGCAAUUGAAGAAGAUGAGGAUGAUGCUGAAGAAGUUACUUGGCAAACGUACAAAGGACAGCUUACGGAGAAACAGGAAAAAACUCGUGAUAAAAUAUUGAAAAGAACUGAAAAGAUUGCUCACAUGAAAAAGGAAAUAGAUGCUAUUCGUGCUAAAGACAUUUCUCAGGGUGGUUUGACUCAAGGGCAACAGACUCAGAUUGCUAGGAAUGAGCAAAGAAUGGCACAGAUUUUGGAAGAGCUUGAAAACUUGGAAGAGACACUGAAUGAUAGUAUCAAAGAAAGUCUAGGUGCUCGUGGAAAGAUAUCUCUUGGUAAGAAGAAAGGAGCAACAGAGGAUGAUGAAGAAUAUUCAAGUGAUGAUGAUGAAUUUUAUGACCGGACAAAGAAGCCUAGUCAAAAAGCUGGUGAGAACCAAUCUAUUGAAACUGCUGAUACUCUUCUUGCUAAGAGAGAUGCCAUAAUGAAGGAAAUGGAAAACAAGAAAGAGUUGCUUUCAAUUGAGAAGAAUAAAAUGGCAUCAGAAACAGCAGCUGAAACUGAAGUUGGAGAUGCACUUGAUGCUUACAUGUCAGGGCUUUCAUCACAGCUAGUGCUUGACAAGUCUGAGAAACUUGAGAAGGAAUUAUCAGCUCUGCAGUCUGAAAUGGAUAGGAUAUGCUACUUGUUGAAGAUUGCAGAUCCAGCUGGAGAUGCCGCUAAGAAAAGGGAUCUGAAACUACAGGAACAAAAGGCUAACAAAUUGGACACCCCCGUGACUGUUAUUAAGAAGCAACCUCCUAUGGCAUCAAAAGAAAGCAGUGGACCUGAAAAACUGGUGAAUGGCUCCAUGCUGAAAGAAGGAACUACAGAUGCAAUAGUGGAGUCAAGCAAAAAGCUAGAAGCUGUCAAGAUUGUCAGUGAUACAACUGAGGGAAAAACUUCUGCAUACACUGUUGUAAAGCCCCAAUGGCUUGGGGCUGUAGAGGACAGGUUGACAGAAGAGACCCAACAAGCAGCGCCUUUGGAUCUGCAUGAGCCUGAUGAUUUUGUUGACUAUAAAGACAGGAAGAAUAUUUUGGCUAGUGGAGAUGGAACACAGACAAACGCGGGGUCUGGGAUUGAAAGUGCUGCUCCGGGUUUGAUUAUAAGGAAGAAGAAGCCAGUUAAAAACCCUGAAGGUGGUGAUUACAACGCACCUCAGCUGGUGACAUCUUCGUCUUCAGGACCUGAACUCAUGGCAGAGGAUGCCGUGGCACUGUUGUUAAAACAUAAAAGAGGGUAUUUUGAACCAGAUGAUGAGGAAAGACAUGAAAGUCAAGACACAUCAGGGGUUAAGCAAUCGAGUAAGGAUAACAAAAAGCCUAAGAGGGUGCUUGGUCCUGAGAAGCCCACAUUUCUCGAUAGUAAUUCAGAUUAUGAAGCAUGGGUGCCCCCUGAAGGUCAAACAGGUGAUGGGCGGACCUCAUUGAACGAACGAUUAGGUUACUGAAUUUCAGAAGUGAAGAAGUGAUUUCCAAUGUUGUGCAGUUCUGUGACACUCAUCAUAGACUCUUGUUGAUGGCCUAUAAUUAUCAUUGAUAAUGUAGCAUUGAUGCAUGCACUAAAAUUAUGUGUUAUGGUGGCAUCAUCAUGGGAAAUAGCCAGUGAUGCUUGCGGUGGCUUUACAUUGAUCAAGGUGAAGUUGGGGCCAGGGGUAUAUGAUUGAAAUGACUUUUGUAGGAGAUGGUCUGUGGAAACAUAUAUUAGUAGAGAGAAGUAGCAUGAAAUUCACUAGUGUUAAUAUUGACAGAAGAGAAGUAGCAACAUGGAAUUGAGUAAAAGAAUUGCACGUAGUUGUUAAUAUUUGGCAAACAAUUGACUGACAGAGCAGCAUGAAAUUCACUAGUGUAGCAUGUACAGAGAUUACUGAUAGAAACCCUUUUGUUUUUGUUCUUGA